UAAGUAAAAAUUAACCAAGGAGAAGAAAAUAAACUCUUUAAAAGUGUGACUGGUUAGCUACCAAAUUAAUUUAAUUGAUCUCAUUUCUAAUUUAUCAUUCUUAGCUUUGUAUAAUUGUAUUGUAAUGUAUAAUUACAUAAUAAAAUAUACUAAAUAAAAAUGAUGAGUAUUCGAAAAAUGUUAUUUUAUUGUAAAUCCAUGACUCCUACGUAAAUGAUACAUAAAUACGAGUAAUUACGAUUAUGAACAUACGAUAGAAUAUCAAAAACGACAAUUCUUUCUAACCUUACUUUCUAGGGACAACAGAAAACAAGUUCAUUUGAAAACAACACAAUGUGUAAAACGCAAAAUUGUGACUUACAAUAGUCUACGCAGGAGCCAUCGAAAUGGUUUCUUGCUUUGCUGGAAUCAGAAAACGAUGACCAUGUCAGGAUCGAUUAGACAAAUUUGGGCGAGAUCAACAAGCAGGCACGAGGGUUCGGAAAAAAAGAAAGUAAUUUUUUUCUACUCCAUACCGCAGCGAAAAAAUGCAGAACUUAUAUUGGACCAUUCCACAGCGUAUCCAUUCAAAACCAGAUAUAAUCAAGUACUAUGCGCCUAUUGCCAUAAAAAGUUUGAAAGUCUUUUUGAAUUAAGAGAACAUAGUGAUAAAUAUCAUAUUAAUCCUGAUAAAAAGAAUGUAUUCUACGGCCUGAGACAUAAUUUGAUGAAAAUAGAUAUCAGUAAUCUGAAAUGCAAGAUUUGUACACAAACGUUGGAAAAUGUAAAUGAUCUAAUGAUCCAUUUCGCACAAAAACACAAUUUACCAGUUAAUUUAAAAGCCAGCUUUGGCGUCCUACCCUACAAGUUUGUUAACGACCAUUGGAUGUGCGUUACAUGCGGUAAAACUUAUUCUGAAUUCAUCGAGAUCAAAAAUCACAUAACUACCCACUUCAUGGAUUACAAUUGCGAGAAAUGUGGAACUACCUUCAUAUCUUAUCAAGCGUUGAGGGAUCAUCAGAGACAAGUGAAAUGUUUUAAAUCGGCUUACAUUCCUCGGAACGGACGAGUGAUGCAACCGAGAAGUAACGCAGAAAUAAUAUUGCAGUGUUCAACAGCGUAUCCCUUCAGGACUUGGAUGAGUAAUUUGUUUUGCAUCUUCUGUCGAAUUAAGACACGAAAUCCUGUCUUCUUUCGGAAUCACAUGGCGACAGAGCAUAAGACUUACGAUGUUAAAAAUGCAUUUUAUAAGAAAUUAAAAAGAGGCUUUCUGAAUGUUGAUAUAACUGAUCUCAAAUGUAAACUAUGCUCGAAAGCUUUUGAUAAAUUAGACAUUCUUGUAGAUCAUUUAAAGAAUGAACAUGAACAACCUAUAAAUUCUGAUGCUGAGAACGGUCUACUCCCGUUUAAAUUGGACGACGGAUCCUCAUGGAACUGUGCAAUCUGUAACAAUUACUCCAUAAAUUUCGAUAUUUUGAAGAAACACACUCAAAGUCACUUCGAUAACUAUGUUUGUGAUACUUGCGGUGAAGGUUUUUUGACGGAAUCUGAAUUGAUAGCUCACAAUAAAAUACCGCAUGAGAACAAAUAUUCUUGUUCAAGAUGUUCAGCUACUUUCUCAAAUUUAUUGGAAAGAAAUGAUCAUUUAAAAACAAAACAUACUUCUAAACGGUAUGCAUGUGUGUACUGCGAAGAUAAGCCACGUUUCUCAUCAUGGGAGAUGAGGAAGAAGCAUCAAUUAGUAGUUCAUAAUUUUGCAAGUGGUGGUGAUAGCUUUUUGUGCACUUUUUGUGGGAAAUCAUUUAAGUCUCGGUCCGGAAAGUAUAAUCAUAUAACAAGGGUCCAUCGAAAUAUAAGAAAUUCUGUAUUGGGUUUCACAUGCUCCAUUUGUACAAUAUCAUACAGUAGUCAGCUGUUUCUAGACAAACAUCUCGCUAGAAAACAUAAUGUCUAAAUAUUAAUAAUUCAAAUAUAACUAACUUAGAUAACAUAUACUUAAUUAAAUAAAUUUCUAUAAUAUAGAAAAUUGAUUGUAAUAUGAUAUUUAUUUCUAAACCAUGAAUCAUUAUACUUUGUUAUGUAUUGGACGUGAUGAGUUUUUGAGGUUAUAUUUUAUCACAGGUAUGUACCGACAAGGAUGUCUGAUCCAGUAGGGCUGAUCAAACUAAAUUACGACAGCCUCCUCCUAGCGACACCCAUGUGUUGUCAUUCUUUCUUUCAUAUAGUUUUCAAUAUUUUCUGACAGAACUGCAAUACCAGUACUCCUCUCACCGAUUCAUAAGCUUGUCUGAUUGUACAUUGUUCUAUGAAAUUUUGAAGCCAGAUUUCGUCUAUAACCAGACUGUAAACUCCUUUAUUG